GAGCUCGACGACCUCCAUUUUGUGAGAACUGUGCGCGAGACGAGCCGAAGCUUUGUCCCCGACCGAGCGAAGACCUCCGACAACAACCACCUCCAGAAGAACAACGUCACCGUUAGCUCGCUAACCAAGUUAUUAUCCGAAAAGGAAAGCAAAUCAUAUCGUAUGUCCUCUAUCCAGAACCUCCAAACCUUUGACCCCUUUGCUGAUGCAACUAAGGGUGAUGACCAACUCCCAUCCGGGACAGAGGACUACAUCCACAUAAGAAUCCAACAGCGGAACGGCAGGAAGACCCUCACCACUGUCCAGGGUAUCUCCACCGAGUAUGACAAGAAGAAGCUAGUCAAGGCCUUCAAGAAGAAGUUUGCCUGCAAUGGGACAGUGAUCGAGCACCCAGAGUAUGGUGAAGUGAUCCAGCUUCAGGGUGACCAGCGCAAGGAUAUCUGCAAGUUCCUCACUGAGAUUCACCUGGCCAGGGAUGACCAGCUCAAAGUCCACGGCUUCUAGAAGCUGCAAAACAGUCCUCUCCCCGUCUCUCCCGGAAGGCCAUUAACCCCACCCCCUCUCCCAUUCCCUUCCUCCUAUGUGCUGCUGUCGCGCUGCUUCCUCCUCCUCCCCCUCCCCCCCUCUUGUAGCCCUACCAGCUCCUACUAGCUAACACGUGAAUUACCUCUGACAAACAUGGGACUCUGUAACAACACCACCCCCCUACACCACCAGGGGGCGGGCUCGCUCUCACAAAGACACACCACUGCAGCUCCACAUGACAUCAGGGAUGAGUGGUGAUGACCCUCCAACCCACUUCCUCAUCCUCCCCUUCCUUGUUGAUUUUGUUUUUUAUUUUCUAUUAGGUUUUGUGCCGUUGACGAGGAGGCACCAUUUCAUGUAACGUUUUGUUUUGUACUUUAAAGGUGUUUCAAUAAAACGAUGAGUCUCCUUAUAUUGGAAUGGUGUCGUGGGGGAACAGGGUGGAGGGGGGUCGUCCACAGAAGGGUCGCGUGUUCCAACAGUAUUUGUAACAAUUUGAAGAUUGAGGUUUUUUUUUUCCUCCCCCGUGGUGUUUACAUGUGCAGCUGCCUGCUCUCAGGUCAGAGCAGAGAUUGUGUCGGGCACUGACCAUCUCCAGCACCAUAUAAUUUUUCUAUUAUUUAAUUAUACAUUAUUUUUAAAAUCCUUUUUAUCCCUGAUAAUAAUAAUGCAAGUUUAAAACAAAGUGGAGUGUUCUCUUGUGGUCUUUUAUUUCAGUCAGAGCGAGUCCUGUGGUGUGGGGGGCUGCGUCGGUUCACUAUGUGAUCACACGAACCCUCCGGAGGGGGAACUGACAUUUUUAAUGCUUGUGAUCUUUUGGCAAAACAACCCAAUUAUUCCAAAAGGUUGAAAUUAGUGAUUUUUGGAUUUACUGUGUAUGAAGUAAAAAGUUUCCUACUCUGGCGUUUGACCAGCUCUUCCUCAGUUUGGUCCACGAACAAAAUCUGAUACCAAACUUGUGGUUUACACACUUGAAUCGUUAAUUUCCUCUAUUGCAAUAAUGUAUGAUACAAGUUAAGACGUAGUGACGCUGAAGUAUUGCAGUAAAGAUUAAAGCCAUGGCCAGGUCACACUGUGCCACAUUUGGUUCAAUAAAAUUUCUGCAGUUGA